UCUAGGGGCAGCCGGCGCGCUUCUCUGGUUGCAGCUUGGGCCGCACGGGCGGCUCCUGUGGUGGGCGGCCAGGGGCGAGCCGAGAUGGGCUGUAGACGCGCGAGGUGAUCAGCUCGCACGCGGACCCACGCCUCCCGCCGCACUGCCUCAAGAAUCUAUUCUGUGGGUGCAGGCACGCACCGGACGCAGACCCGGCCGGAGCAUGCGGGGUGUGGUGUGGGCGGCCCGGAGGCGCGCGGGGCAGCAGUGGCCUCGGUCCCCGGGCCCUGGGCCGGGUCCGCCCCCGCCGCCACCGCUGCUGUUGCUACUACUCCUGCUGCUGGGCGGUGCGAGCGCGCAGUACUCCAGCGACCUGUGCAGCUGGAAGGGAAGUGGGCUCACCCGAGAGGCACACAGCAAGGAGGUGGAGCAGGUGUACCUGCGCUGCUCAGCAGGCUCUGUGGAAUGGAUGUACCCAACUGGGGCACUCAUUGUUAACCUACGGCCCAACACCUUCUCACCUGCCCAGAACUUGACUGUAUGCAUCAAGCCUUUCAGGGACUCCUCUGGGGCCAAUAUUUAUUUGGAAAAAACUGGAGAACUAAGACUGUUGGUACGGGAUAUCAGAGGUCAACCUGGCCAAGUGCAGUGCUUCAGCCUGGAGCAGGGAGGCUUGUUUGUGGAGGCGACACCCCAACAGGACAUCAGCAGAAGGACCACAGGCUUCCAGUAUGAGCUGAUGAGUGGGCAGAGGGGACUGGACCUGCAUGUGCUGUCUGCCCCCUGCCGACCUUGCAGUGACACCGAGGUCCUCCUUGCCAUCUGCACUAGUGACUUCGUUGUCCGGGGCUUCAUCGAGGAUGUCACCCAUGUACCAGAACAGCAAGUGUCAAUCAUCUACCUGCGAGUGAGCAGGCUCCACAGGCAGAAGAGCAGAGUCUUCCAGCCAGCUCCUGAGGACAGUGGCCACUGGCUGGGCCAUGUCACAACACUGCUGCAGUGUGGAGUACGACCAGGGCAUGGGGAAUUCCUCUUCACUGGACAUGUGCACUUUGGGGAGGCACAACUUGGAUGCGCCCCACGCUUUAGUGACUUUCAAAGGAUGUACAGGAAAGCAGAAGAAAGGGGCAUAAACCCCUGUGAGAUCAAUAUGGAGUGACUUGCAGGGUGACACAGUACUGUUGUCCUUCAAAUGAGCCGUGGUGUUGUGGUCUCAAUUGCUCUCUCAAAUCCUGAUAGCGAUUGCAGACUGGUGGCAUGGGCCCAGCCCGGUGCUUGAACUGGGAAGGUAUAUGCUGCUCUGACCCCUUAGGUCUCAGCCAAGGAGGCCCUGACCCAUUGGAAAUGCUGUAAAAUACAAACUAAGUUAUUAUAUUUUUUUUUGUAAAAGA